GGGGAAAUAAAUUUAACUUUAUUUAUUUAUUUAAACUUUAACGUUAAAAUGCUUGGUUUUGAUUUUAAGUGCUAUAGGAUUACAUAAAGGAAACCAGGCUUGGUUGGAGUGGCUGAAGGUGGUUGGAGAAGGCUUCAUUGAGGUCAGAUAUGUUCGUGGUUUUGAAAGGAUUUAGAAAGAUGGAAAUGGUGAAAGAAGGCAUGGGGGAGGGCAUAAAGUUUGAGAAUAAACUUGAGAGUAUUGCCUUUGAAGCCUGAAGAUAUGAAUUUGAAUCCCAGGAUGUAAUAUUCUUUCUAAAAUGUAAUCUUCUCUUGUUGGGGUUUCCUUGGGGUCUCUGGAGGCAGCCUUAGUUUCAGUUCAUUAAUCACCCCAAAUGCAGCCAGGAGUUAAAGUCCUUUAUUGUCUCCUUCCACAUCUUGUCUCCUCUCCUGAGGCCUGAUUAGCUUUCUUAUAGUCCUUCUGUAGCUUGAGCUCUUGCUGCCAGUCUUUUGUCUUCUCUGCUUCUGCCAGCUUCUUGAGGUCUCCUGAAUGUGUCUUGGUUUCUGUGGAGGAGGCAGGAGGACUGCCACCACUUCUCUGCUCUACCCUAGUUCUCUUCAACUGAAUCCUGGCUGAGGCUCCUAGAGCUUCUAGUGUGCUGUCUUUUCUGGCCCUGAGAGCUUCUAGCUUAUAUGCUCCACACUGAGUAUAUACACCAAUCAUUGUAUCAGUAGGAAACCAUUAUUUGUUGUAGGAUUAAAUCAAUGCUAAACUAGAUUUAACCAUUGUCUCCUCAAUUCCACUUAGUACCUUGUUUCAAGUUCUGGCCCAUAACAUCUCCUUGUAGGAUUAAAUCAAUCAUACUGAACCAGGCUAAAUUAGAUAACUAUUGUCUCUAUCAAUUCCACUGAUUUAGUACCUUGUAAGAAUCCUUUGUUUCAAGUUCAGAGUUCUGGCCUUACUACCUCUGGGAAAUUCACCACGUUUUUAUGGGCCUCAUCUGUAAAAUGAAAGGUUUGGAUUAAAUAGGUUCUCACAGGUUUCUUCUGGAGUCCUCUGCCAGUAGUUUUGAUAAAUCUUUUUUGAGCAUAACUCUAGACUGGGCUACAAAGAAGUUGGGGUGGGGGAGUUUUGGAGGGAGGGUGAGAAGAUAACGGAAGUGGCAAAGGCACAGAAAAUAAGAAUUACUGGUCUCAAAAUUUUGAAUCUCAACACAAGUCCUUUCCUCUAUUUAGGGGUUAGGUACAACUAUGAGGAAAGGCUAAUAAUAAUGAUGAUGAUGAUGAUAGCUAUGAUUUCUAUACCACUAAGAAUCAGCACUGUGAUAAGGCUUUCCAAUGAUCUCAUUUGAUCUUCACAACAACCCCUGGAGAUAGGUUCUUUUAUUAUUCCUAAAGGGGGAUUUCCUUCUGUGGAUUUCAAGAAAGGAGAGGCAAGGUGGGGUGGACAAGUCCCAAAGGAGGGACCCUUCGGGUUGAGGAAGCCAGCUUCUUUGAGAAAGUCCCAAACACCAGGGGAAAUAUUUUUAGUACCUUUUCUCUAUUCUCUAGGACUCCAGUAGGGUUAAAUGCUUCCCUGCCUCGUCUUUCAUCUUCGAGAUAAAAACAAAGAGAUUCAGCCACCAAAGAGGUAAGGAUGUAUGCAAAGCAGUCAGUGACAAAGCAAGCUGAAGGAAGUGCCCAAACCUCGCGGGGCAUAAAAGCUCGGUGUUGGUAAAUUCAGAGAUUGCAUAAGUCUUAAAUCACAGGCCGGUUGUUCCUGUCUCGAAACACCGCCCUUCCCCUUUCCCCUUAAAUCUCAUCUGCAUAAUCUGCCUCUCCUCAACAGUAAUUGGGCACUUGUUUCAUCUCUUCCCCCAGAGGGGGCGGAGCUCCAAAGUCUGAGAGGGUGGAGGAAUGGGGAGGGGAGGUGUGGGAAGGUGAACCGAUUAACAUAGUUCAGCCUUCCUACCCUCCUCUGCGAAGCAUCGAUUGGCUGAGACGCGGCUGACGCUUCGAAGUCGGGCCAGUCUACAGGCUGAGUCAAGCUGUCAUUCAGUGUGGCGGCCGGCCGCACUUCCGCCUCUGUGUCAGUGGGUCCCAGGACUGAGGGGCGGGGGCUGGGGGGGUGGGGAAAGAGUCACCGCCGGCUUCGGGAGAUACCGGGUACAGGUGAGUGCUUCCCUCCCUCUUUCCUUUCCGACCGGAAGAAGACCCUCCCUCCUUCUUUGGUCUCCAAGGAAAGGCCCCCUUAGCAACGGACCUCAGCCAGGCCUGUGGGUGGGGUGGGGAGUGGGAGAUCGGCUCGGGGGCUCUGAAGAGCUCCCCCGCCCCCGUUAGGCCUCCAUCCUGACGGAAGGGGAGGAAGCUCCCUGCACCUCUGAAGCGAAGAUGGUCUAGUCUGGGCCCACGGGGCUAGGGGACACAGAGGUCCCUGAAGCGGCGCCGUGGGAGCCGCCCCCGGCCCUAGCUCCCCGGAAAGAUGCAUCACUCCCCUCUUCCCCUAGCUCUAAACAUUAGAGAACUCCCUCCCCGCCCUCCGGGCCGUCCCAUCGUCUGCAGCUCCCGCCCCCAGGGGUGGGGCCUGUGCACUGUCACGGGCCCCGCUGCGGGGCUCUAGGCCUCUUCAUCCCCGGUGUCUGCAGAAGCUGCUCACCCAGUGGAGGGCCGGCCCGGAGAGCUGCUGGAGUUCGCGUUGUGUCCUCCUUUCUUUCCUGGGGUGACCCAGGUUCUGAGCCCUGAGUAAACUUUACAAAGGAAGAGAGAAGUUAUCUCCACUCUCUUGGUGGCUUCUGCCUCUCCCCCCCAUCUCCAACUCCAACUGGUUAUUCCUGGUUUUUGUUAUGCUGCCGCUCACGCCGGAAAGGAGUGGAAGUUUUCUCCUUUGUUGAUUGAGCAUGCGUGAAAAUCCGAGAAGGUCUUCAGUCUGUUGAGCCUUUAUGAAUAAAAAUUUCACAGCAUAACAUUAUUCCUAACUCUGUGUAGUAGUUCAAGUACAAUGAUGCUAUAGACAGCAGCAAACUGGGAAAGAAAAAAGGAUUUACUACUGAAGGAUGAAUAGUGAAGAAGAAUUCUUUGAUGCCGUUACAGCUUCCAGUUUCUUCAUGGAGAAAUCACUUAUGAUGGAGAAUGGUUGCAGAGCAAUGCCUGAAUGCUUUGAUUCUGACAAUUCAUCUGGGGAGUUUUCAGAGGCAAAUCAGAAAGUCACAGGAAUGAUUGACUUGGACACUAGCAAAAGUAAUAGAACUGGAAAAAAUGGAGAGAGGUCUCCACAAGAGAAUGGAAUCAAGAAACACAGGACAUCAUUGCCUGCCCCAAUGUUUACUAGAAGUGAUUUCAGUGUGUGGAGUAUCUUAAAAAAAUGCAUUGGCUUGGAAUUGUCAAAAAUCACAAUGCCUAUUGUCUUCAAUGAGCCAUUGAGUUUCCUCCAGCGAAUUACUGAAUACAUGGAACAUAUAUACCUCAUUCAUAAAGCUUCUUCUCAAACACAUCCCUUGGAAAGAAUGAAGGCUGUAGCUGCUUUUGCAGUUUCGGCUGUGGCUUCUCAGUGGGAAAGGACUGGUAAACCAUUUAAUCCACUACUGGGGGAAACUUAUGAAUUAAUCAGGGAUGAUUUAGGAUUCAGAUUUAUAUCUGAACAGGUCAGUCACCAUCCUCCCAUUAGUGCAUUUUAUUCAGAAGGUCUCAAUCAGGACUUUAUCUUUCAUGGCUCCAUCUACCCCAAAUUGAAGUUCUGGGGGAAAAGUGUAGAAGCAGAGCCCCGAGGAACAAUUACACUGGAGCUUCUCAAACAUAAUGAAGCCUACACGUGGACAAAUCCUACCUGCUGUGUACAUAAUAUAAUUAUUGGCAAAUUGUGGAUAGAACAGUAUGGAACAGUUGAAAUUUUAAAUCACAGAACUGGAGAUAAGUGUGUACUUAAUUUUAAACCAUGUGGACUAUUUGGGAAAGAACUUCAUAAAAUAGAAGGAUACAUUCAGGACAAAAGCAAAAAGAAGCUCUUUAUGAUAUAUGGCAAAUGGACAGAAUGUUUAUGGGGUAUAGAUCUUGUUUCCUAUGAGUCCUACAAAAAGCAUGAAAGGAAAGGUGACCACCAGAAAAAAGCAAAACAGGAGGAUGAGACUGAAAAAUCUGAGAGUGAUGUGGCUGAUGAUGUACCUGAGAUCCAAGAUACAGUACAUGUCAUACCUGGCAGUGAGCUUCUUUGGAGGAUAAACAGUAGGCCUCCAAAUUCUUCUCAGAUGUAUAAUUUUACCAGUUUUACUGUGAGCCUCAAUGAACUAGAAAAGGGCAUGGAAAAGAUUUUAGCUCCUACAGAUUGCCGCCUUCGUCCAGAUAUCAGAGGCAUGGAAAAUGGUAACAUGGAUUUAGCCAGUCAGGAGAAAGAAAGACUAGAAGAAAAGCAAAGAGAAGCUCGGAAGGAGCGUGCCAAAGAUGAGGAAGAAUGGCACACAAGGUGGUUUUAUCAAGGCGUUAACCCAUAUACUGGAACUUCUGACUGGUUAUAUUCGGGUGGAUACUUUGACAGAAAUUUCUCAGACUGCCCAGAUAUAUACUGAACUCAUUGGAACAGAUUCUUCAAGACAUGGGGACAUGGAGAAGUCACACCCCACUUCAAGCCAGCUCUUCUGGUUUUGUUAAUAGCAGAAACCAGCUUUUAUAACAGCAAUUUUAAUGGAAAUAGCAUCAUUCACUGAUCAAGGAUUUAAUUCUCAUUAAUUUUUGAUUGCCAAAAAUUUAAUUGCUAUUGUGUUCUCUUCAUAAAGCUGCACUUGAAAUCAUCAAGUUUUCACUAAGUUUUAAAAAGGAAAAUUCUUUGUGAUUCCCUUUUAUGUGACAGAAAUUGACUGUGGCUGGUUUUAGUUUACAAGCACCCUCUUAACUCUUAACAGCAUUUAAAGAAGUAACAGGAAGACAGACGUCCAUGAUUCUACUUGUAGUGAAGCAAAAGGGUUUCUUCAAGUAUUCAGAAGUUGAAUGAGUGACAAUACAUAAAUAUGAGAGGGGAAGAGAUGGAAACUAUCCCCAGAGAUGUAAAGGACAGAAGUAAACAACUACACAUAAAAUGAUGGUGAUCCAGAGGCGAAUAUACAGAAACACAGAAUGUCAGACUCUAUUGAAUAAAAAGCUACCAAAUUACAUAUUUUAUCAUUUUGGGGAGGGGGGGGUACUGUAAGCAUUAUUUAAUAAAUACUAAUGAAAAAACUAAAUUA